GGUUUGCACGUCCGCCUGGAUCUUUGAAAAUCCAUACCGGAUAUCACACAUCAUUUCACCAGCAUAGGCGCCUAUGAAUGGAUGCCGACGCUGCGGCGGGCACCACCAGCCCUCCGAUAGAGGCCCGGCACGGCCGCGACAACCUUGGACUGGGCCGUAACGGAGCCGGCGCCGAUGAUGCCGAGAAGACGUCCGGUCGGCGAAGGGCUUGUAACCAAUGCAAGCAGCAAAAGCUCCGGUGUGAUCUCGCCUCUAGCGAGGAUACGGCGUCACUCGACGUCUGCAGCCGAUGCAACCGACUGGGACUUGAGUGCAAGAUCGACGAUGGGUUUCGAAGGACGAGGAAACGAAGACGCUCGGUGGACUUGGAGAACGAGAUUCGGGAGUUGCGGAAGCAGCUCGAGGAGAGUCGCCAUGUUCCCGCCGCAACAUCCCGGCUAGUACCGGUAGGGUCGACGAACACGGCGAGCUGGGCCAUGGCUACGGGGACAGGAGCUCUUCCCAUCAUCUCACCAUAUGGGAAUCUCGCGCAGACUGACACCAACAGAGUCGCUCCGCCCUCAAUAGCUGGUACAGCUUCUAUUUCUGCCCAAGGGUCUCCAGCAACGGGGACCAGCACGGCGGAACAUUCCCGUAUUCCGGGUCUCACAACUAGACCAGGUGUCGAUGAACCCAUCCCUCGUCGCCCUGUGUACAGUGCCCUUCCACGCCCCAGAGCACUUGGCAAUACCGCGCUCUCUGUGGAAGAGAUUGAUGAAUUGUUUAACACUUAUCUGACAUACUACCACCCCUUUCUGCCCCUUAUCGACGAGACUAAGCCCCCCCACGACUACUACCUGUUGUCUGACCUCCUCUUCUGGAGCAUCAUAUCCGUUGCCUCGAGGCGGAUGAGGUCCCGGCCGACACUGCUGCCGAGGCUCGCCCGAAACGUGACAGACCUGCUGUGGACGACGCUGCGAUCGAUCCCGUACUCUCUGGCGACAGUCCAGGCGUUGGCCCUUCUCUGCACUUGGCCAUUCCGGACAAGCAGCAGCACGGCCGAUCCGACAUUUAUGCUGGUGGGCAUCAUGUUGCAGAUUGGGACGCAGAUGGGGCUCCAUCGUGCUCUGGAUGCCCAAGACUUCGCCAAGGUCCCUACACGACUCGAUGCCAGGGAGUACGCGGAAUGGGUGCGGACUUGGGAGGCCUGCAAUGUUGUUGCCCGAAGCGUGAGCGUUGGCUGUGGGCUUCCUCUUUUUAUACAGACGUAUGACUGGCCUCUGCCAGUGGCUCUCGCAGAAAGCCCACUAGAGCCUCUCGCUCUCGGUGCAUCAUUUCGGUACCACCUACGAAUAGAGCAGUUUCGACUCCGAGUGUCAACCUCCCUGGCGUCCUACGUACCUGAAACUGGGCAACUCGCCUCCAUGCGGGAGAGACUGACUUUGUAUCGUCUACUGAACUCGGGUCUGGCUGAGUUGAAAGCCGAGGAACAUGAAACCUCAGCAUUCACCACCUGGUAUCUAGCAGCAGCCAGGCUACACCUCCACGCCUUCUAUCUCUUCGAUGAUGCCGCCACGGACGGGUUCAACGACCGCAUCAUCACCCUAUACCUGACAGCAUCCUCCCUUAUUGAGCUGAGUCUAGAGCAUGACGCUCAGGAAAUCGCUUUCUUCGAGUGUUGCCCCUUUUAUUGCUACCAAGUCUUCGUCUGCGCGGCCUUUACCGUCCUCAAAAUCCUCAUGAACGGCUUCUUCCAAUCGAUUCUCGACGUCGGGUCGGGCACAAAGCUUCUCGAAGCUGCCAUUGCGGCGCUGAGAAAGGUCAGCGUAGCAAACAACGACCUGCCCGCUCGUUUAGGCGACGUCAUCGGCUUCUUCUGUGCGUUGCCAGAUCCGACCGUCAUCGGGGGCGCGACGAUCGAUGACUUGCGGCUCAAGCAGGUAAAAAGCCGGCUGAGUAUGAGUGUAGUGUAUGAUUGUCUAUGGACGUGGAGGAAGCAUUUCCAGACGGAAGAAAAUGAAGUAGCGAGUCGCGAUAACUCCCGCCAUGCUGAAGGCGAGAUCCUCACACCUAAUGAUGUGCAGAGCAUUCUAGGCGCAUUUAAUUUCCCAAUCGGGAUGACCGGUUUCCUGGACAUGGACAUGGACAUAAACAUAGCCUCUUAGGGAGGUAUGCUUACAGUGUUUACUAGCCAAUUUGCUUCAGGCAGCGUUUGCGCGCCUUCCGACACAAUGUCUGGAUGAAAGGCUUCUUCCGGGAUAUGGUUUGGCUCGAAAUACAUCGCUGCGGGGCUCUGACUUUGGGAACACAGGCAAUUCUUGCCUCAUGGGAUUGAGGAGGAUCAGGAUAUACUCGAUCAGCGUAGCAUUAUAUCUGAAUAGGCAUUGGUUAUUUAAAACAGCCAUCUCGGUUUGGCUAUUGAUGCAACGGGGGAACAUGGAUUGUUCUGGG